GAAUCGGAAUCGAUUGGUAGUAUACUAGAAGGAAACAACUACUUGAUCGAAAAUGUCGCGCAUUUUAUCAAUUUCAUUCGUCAUUUUGACAAUGACUUUGCUUAGCAUAGUAAACAUUACAUAUAGUAAGAAUCUAGUCUGUAAUCGACCCAAUGAAAUCUACGCAUGUGGUUCAGCUUGUCAGACGGAGUGCAAAACUCUUGGAGAGCCUUGUCCUAUAGUUAAUAUUAAAUGUAACGAUGAUUGUUAUUGUAUAAACAACUACGCUAGAGACGAUAAAGGAAACUGUAUACCUAUUCGUGAUUGCCCUCCUAAGAAUAAUCAGUAAUUAAUAAUUACAUAACAUGUUAUGUAUAAUAAUUGAAAUUAUAUCUAAUAUAAAAGGUGGUUAAAUAUA